AGCGAGAGAGAGGGAGAGAGAGAGAGUGAGAGGGAGGAGGGGAGAAGGAGAGAGGGGUACAAAGAGAGUAUCUGCUCAUCAAAUGAGCAUAUCCAGGGAGUGAGCGGCACAGGCAAGACACGCAGAGUACUGUAAUUACCCAAGGAUUUUUUUAAUGAAAAGCUGGAUUAUGAGGAUUGGAGAAGCAGUCGCCAGAUAUUGAAAGGAAGGAUUAGUGGCUUUUCAGUUUGCCUUUCCUCCAUAAUGGGGAUAGACCGGCGGCGGAGAGCAUCUCUGGCGCUCACCUUGAACUUCAUCGCCCUCCUGUUCGCCGUUUCCGCUCUCACCACCAGCUACUGGUGCGAGGGCACCAGGAAAGUGGUGAAGCCUUUUUGCACAGGGCCCAUCACACUCAAACAGCCCUUCUGCAUAAGAUACAACAGCUCCAAUCUCAACGACAGCCGGCUGGUCCAGUACAUCUGGGAGACUGGAGAGGAUAAGUUUCUUAUCAGAAAGUUCCAUACCGGCAUCUGGUACUCCUGCGAGCAGAAUGUCAACAUGAUCGGAGAGCAUUGCAGAAGUUUUCUUAAUAUUGCCCCUUCACAUGAAAGAGGUGUCCUGUGGCUGUGCAUUGUGGCCGAGUGUCUCUACAUCGUUUUGCUGGGGACCGGUGGGAUACUCAUGUCAAUAGAAGUCUGUCAUUACGGCAACGUUAUUGAUGGGCUCAAGCUGAAUGCCUUUGCUGCAAUAUUUACCGUUCUGUCAGGGCUUUUGGGAAUGGUGGCCCACAUGAUGUUCACCACAGCCUUCCAGUUAACAGUGAGUCUUGGGCCAGAAGGCUGGAAGCCACAGACCUGGGACUACAGUUGGUCCUACAUUCUGGCAUGGAGUUCCUUCACCUCCUGCAUGGCCUCCUCUGUGACAACCAUCAACAGGUACACAAAGACUAUCCUGGAGUUCAAACAUAAACGGAGAAACAUUGAGAAGAACCUGAAAAUCAAGCAGAAGCUGCUAGACCUGGACUCUCCAGACCAAGUGUGGGACAUGUACAUCAGCUCAGUUCCCAGCACGGCCGAGGAGCUCUUGGACCUCUCCAGUAAUGGCCGCAAGUUGUCCAACACCUCAGUCUUCCUGGACCUGAAUGACCUACCUGAUCCACAGGUGGAGGAGUACUGCUAAAGGCCCCCACAAAGAUGGACGUCUCUUCAGGGCUGUCCUCAGUGGUGCCUGAGAGCCCCUGGCUCACUUACCAGCCCAUUACCACCUGACUCUCUACGCAGCUCCAUCUCUAAGGAUGGGAUAAGGAAAGUGCUCAUUAUGGUUUAUUUGCAUAUUUAUCUGUAUUCCUUUCAUUACCUCAACAUUAGAUGAGUCGAUUUGCUUCAUUAUCAUUUCACUAAAACUUAGCAGUAGAAGUUGCAGCUGUUCAAGUUUACUGUGGUCUUUGUUUUCUAGGUGUGCAUGAGCAUCAUGUGUGAGUGGAACAAAUUCAAUUUUGCCUUUUGUGAAACCAAUUAUAACAUGAAGAAAGAACAGUCACAUUUGUUUUCCUUCUUAGGAAAAGAUUCUUUCAUGUGCUUUCUCAGAUGUGGUCUUGUUUUAUAUUAAUAGAAAAAAAUAGGUCUUUCCAGUGACAGAAACUGGACUUGAAUAUUCAUGUGUGAAAAGAAAUGAUUUUGUUUUGUUUUGUUAGACUACAUUAACAAAAACAUAUAGUGCAUCAUUCUUUCAUUUGCUCCUGGUCACCAACUAAAUAGUCGGAAAAAAUGUUUUUAUAAUUUUACUUUGUAAAUUUUUUAAUGUGAAAAGCAUACACAAAUAUACAGUAUAUGUUGAGUGCCUUUGUUUAAAAUUAGUGCAUCUGUUGCAACUGCAUGGUGAAUAUUGUGUGUUUUUAAAUCUAUCAGUUUUAAUGAGAUAAACCAGUUAUCUCCUUAUAGCACAUUACUCUAUUUUGAUCAUAGGUCAACCUGGACACAGUGAUUUACAUAUAUCCUUUUACAUAUGGUCUUCUCUGUGCUGUUUAGCAAAUAAAGCAUAGACAUUUUGCUAAUGGUUUAAUUAUUAUUUUAAAAAUGUUUUAUUUAUAUUCCAAAGUGUUACUUUUACAAAUGAGAAAGUAAACAAAUAAUUCACAGAAUAGUAGAAAAAUACUGAGCAUACAUUUAUAUAUCUGAAUAUAUAUUUACACUCAUGUCUUUUUAUACGAUUUCAGAUACAGAGACCUUUGGCUGCAUACAUAAGUACAUAAAGAAUAACCAUGAGUAAAAGGGUAACCUUUGUCAUGGAAAAGUGAAAAUGUCACAGAUUUCAAUAAAAUAAAAUAUCAGGAAAUACAUAUAUUCCAGGUAUAUGAGGUUACAUUUUACAAAUUAUUUAUUUUGUUAUUAAUUUAUUGGUUUGUUUAUUUAAAUAAUUAAAUGCAACCGAAGUAGA